AUGACCACGGUUUCAAAGGAGAGUGACGUCGAUGUUCUCAUCAUUGGUGCAGGCCCUGCGGGGCUCAUGUGUGCGAACGCCCUCGCGAUGGCGGGCGUGAACGUCCGCAUAGUCGACCAAAGGCCAGCAAAAGUUCCUGCUGGGCAAGCAGACGGCAUACAGCCACGCACAAUCGAGGUGUUUCAGAGCUAUGGCCUUGGCGAACGGCUACUCAGAGAAGGCAACCAGAUGCAUAUGGCUGCCUUCUACAAUCCCAGUCCGUCUGGUGGCAUCGAGCGUACGAGUCGAGCACCGGACGUCAACGCUCCUAGCGCGCGCUAUCCCUUCGAGGUCACACUACAUCAGGGCGCCAUAGAGUCGAUCUUCCUGGACUCGAUGAAGGCGCACGGCGUAGUUGUGGAGCGCCCUAUCGUACCGACCUCCCUUGAGCUCUCGGAGUCCGAGGAGGAGCUGAAAGACCCUAAUGCGCGUCCCGUGAAGGUCGUCCUGAAGUACCUCGACCCACCAGCUGACGCGGGCGACUCGGAGAUCGUCAACGCCAAGUUUGUCCUAGGCGCGGACGGUGCGCACUCCUGGGUGCGCAAGACGCUCGGCAUCACACUUGACGGCGAGCAGACGGACUACAUCUGGGGCGUCGUCGACAUGGUCCCCGACACGGACUUCCCCGACAUCCGCUCUAAGUCCGCCGUGCACUCGCACAACGGCUCGUGCAUGGUCAUCCCGCGCGAGGGCGACCUCGUCCGGCUCUACAUCCAGCUCGCGGACCGCGACGUCGUCGACCCCGUCACUGGGCGCGUGGACAAGAGCCGGAUGGGCCCCGAGAGGCUGAUCGAGGUCGCGAAGAAGUCGUUCGCGCCGUACAGGAUCGACAACGCCGAGGGGCACUUUGACUGGUGGACGUUGUAUAUCAUCGGGCAGAGAGUUGCGGCGCAGUUUUCGGUGCACGAGCGGGUGUUCAUCGCUGGAGAUGCUUGCCAUACGCACUCGCCGAAAGCGGGCCAGGGCAUGAACGCGAGCAUGAACGACACGCACAACUUGGCCUGGAAGCUCACGCAUGUCCUCCGCGGGUGGGCGGACAUCUCCCUCCUGAAGACUUACGAGCUGGAGCGUCGGAAGUACGCGCAAGAUUUAAUCAACUUCGACAAGCAGUUCUCCAAGCUCUUCUCUGGCAAGCCUCGCACUGAGGCGAGCCAGGAUGGUGUCACCCAUGAAGAGUUCCUCGAAGCGUUCCAGACCUUUGGCCUUUUUACGAGCGGCAUAGGCGUGCACUACGAAUCCUCUCCAAUCACCGCGGACCACUAUCAAUCCGUCGCCACCAAGCUGAUCGUUGGCGAGCGUCUCGUCCCGCACGACUUCAUCCGCGCUGCGGACGCGCGCCCGUACAACAUUCAGGACCUUUUACCUUCGGACGCCCGCUUCAAGGUCCUCGUCUUCGUGGGCAACACCCCCGACAAAGCACAGGCGGCGCGCGUGCAGGCGUUGGCGGACUGGAUGGUGCGGCCGGACAGGUUCCUGGUGAGGUUUGGGAAGGGAGACAGUGCGAAGGUGUUCGACAUCUGGUCCAUCAGCUCAGCCAAGAAGCGGGACGUGAACUACAUCGACCUCCCUCCUCUGUUCCGGCCACAUUGGUCUCAUGUUCUGCUCGACGACACGGACAUGUACGCGCGCGUUGGGGGCGGGGGCUACGAUGCGUACGGCAUCGACAAGCAGGAGGGCGCGAUCGUCAUCGUGCGCCCCGACGGCUAUGUGGGUAUGGUUGCCCCUUAUGAGCGCGUCAAGGAUGUGGAUGCAUACUUCGCCUCGUUCAUGACACAUGCGUAG